AUGUCCUGGCCGGCCUUGUAUCUUCAGUUAGUGGGAGCGAACCGUCACUCCACGAGCCUGGGGAAGAUCUGGCUCUCGGUGUUGUUCAUUUUCAGAGUUCUGGUUCUUGCGGUGGCGGCUGAAAGCGUGUGGGGCGACGAGCAGACGGACUUCACCUGUAACACGCUUCAGCCCGGGUGUGAGAACGUCUGUUAUGAUCAGUUCUUCCCAGUGUCUCACAUUCGUCUGUGGAGCCUCCAGCUCGUGUUUGUUUCCUCUCCCACACUCCUGAUCGCGGCGCACGUGGCCUACAGGAACCACAGGGACAAAAAGCUCGUACAGGCGUCCAGAAGAGCUGGGCUUGUGUCCAGCAAAAGUCUAUUAAGUCCAGAGGAAGAGAUGGAGAGUUUCAAAAAGAGGAAACGUCCAAUUGUGGGCGCCCUCUGGUGGACAUAUGCGUUUAGUAUCGUGUGCAGACUCCUGUUUGAGGGAGGAUUUAUGUUCGCGCUCUACACUCUGUACGACGGGUUCCAGAUGCCCCGUUUGGUUCGCUGUGGACAGUGGCCCUGUCCAAACCUGGUGGACUGUUUUGUCUCCCGUCCCACUGAAAAGACAAUCUUCACCCUCUUCAUGGCCACGACUUCUUCAGUCUGUAUGGUUCUCAACAUGGCUGAACUCGUCUACUUGAUCGUCAAAGCCAUCACGAGGGCGAUUCUGCAGAGCUGCUGCAACGAGAAAAAACAGAAUAAACCCCACCCCAGUCUGUCAAACUAACACGAAGAAACUUAAGGACGACACAGAAGUAUCGUUUUUACCACGAGACGGCGUAGAUCACAUGACCUGUUCUGAUGUCAAUGUUGAUGUGACGUUUUUAAUAGA